ACGUACCCAACACUGUCACAUUCUUUUUUACCGAUCGUGUAAAUUUAACUUAUCGGGGGGUGUAAAUACAUGCAAUUUAAGCCAAAAUACACGCAUUCCUUAAUGUUAACAUUGUGACACCGAAUGAAUAACAAGCUAACCGAUAAAAUUACGAAUACUAUCGUAAAAAAAAAUUAAGUUAGCUAGAGUGGGUGCUUUCGUUAGCUAACCAGUUAGCGUAAGCUAAGCUACCAGCUGGUUUUAGUAGUUAAUUAACGCAAACUCGUCGUGAAACACUCACGAUGGACUCCUUCGAAACACCUUAUGAGGAAGAGGCUGAAUUCAUUCAAUGCACGGUGUGUGAGAAAUCCAUAAGAGGCGAAACCUUGUACAGGAUACACCUGACUACACCUGGACAUAUAAAGAAAGAGGAUGGCUUUGUUGCUGCGGGGCUUGCUGUCAGACAGCAAAUGGUCCCAAUAUUUGAAGACAUCAUACAUUAUCUGGAUUACAUGAAGCUUGAUGAGCCCAUCAUUGGUCUGAACUAUUUAGAGGAAUUUCCAAGUAAUGACAUACUAGCAGGCCCAAGAUACACGUGUUCGCUCUGUCAUCAGACUGCGAACCUCCAAGAGACGGUCCGACAUGUGAUUGGACGUAAACACCGGCAAAAAUAUGUGGAAAUGAAACGUCCAGACUUGGUGACCUGGGAUAAACAAACCAUAACAAACCAAGGAGGAAAGAUCUUCCGAGCCAGAGCAGAGAUAAUAGAAAGACAAGACGGGCGGGGAACUCCAUCGCAAAUGGUGAAAAAGAGGAUUGGGGGCCAAUUAAACAUCUCAAGAGCUCCGCUGAAGCAGAACCAGAACAGAGGCCGAACCAUCCCACAGAGUUCAACCCAACGAGACAUGCCAUCACACCUACCACGACUCAUGGACCAUCCGGAUGAGUACUCUCACCAAGGGAGGGUUCCCCCAGGCCACAUAAAUACGCCCCCAUGUCAUCUAGAAGACCCUCCUUACAUGAUGGACAGAGACAGGCCGAUGUACCGACAGAAGGACAGAAGCCAUGACCGCUUGGAAGGAGAGCUGCUGAGGGCAGAUUACAGGGAGAGUGAUGCUCCAAGAGGAGAAUUUAUCGACCCUGAUUAUCGUAGGGAGUAUGAAAGGGAACGUGCUGAAGAUCCACAAAAAAGAGCUCCUGUUGAGCCACUUGGCGGUCCCAGGUAUGACUCGAGGGAGGAGAUGCUCCAUGACCAGGCUCUGCUUGGAGAUUUUCACUCAGAUGAGGCCCCUCCUUACAGAAGACCUUACCAAGAAAGAGAUCUGCUGAAGGAGUUCUACUCUGAGGAGGUGAGGCGUCGGCAAGUUCAGCCCUCGCAGCCGGGGUACUUAGAGGGGGAGAACCACCGCUGGUCUCUGGACCGGGAUUCUGUAAGACAUGAUGUCAGAGUAGGUAGGCCAGAUCCAAGUGAUGCAGAGGCCAAGAGAUGGAACUUCCCUAAACAGGUGGAGGGUAAGAGUUUGCAUGAUCAUUUGUUUAAUAUGAUCAGAGAUAAUUUGGGUGAAAUGAGGAAACCACACCAGGUGGAGGAAUUAGUGAGUGCAGGGCCGAGCCGAAUGGGACCCUCACAACCCCAGAGGCAAGUGGAAGUUAGCAGGACAAUGUCUGACAUCCCAGAGCCGUUCAGGCGCUUCCUGAAAGGGCCGUCAAAUGAAGAGCAACAGAACAGUAAAAGGAAAAGAAAGAGUCGCUUCUCUGACGCCACAGCAGAGGAAGUGGAAACCACAAAAGAGUUGUUCUCUGAUGAGUAUGGACCUCCGAAUCCAAAGUUUAGUGGUCAUCUUAGACCUUUAAGUUCACAGCUGAGACCUGAAAUCCAUGGAACACAACAUCCUGACCUGUACAUACAAUCCCAGAGCAUACAUCACAGUGACUUUCACCAACCAGAAGGCUCUGAUUCAGGAGGUGUCUUUGACAUGCUGAAAAACAUCGAUAUUGAAAAUGCAGAAGAGGCUAACUUCCUGAAGAGCAAACUUUGUGACCUUCUGAAAGAAUUCAAGAGCAAAAAAUCUGAGAAAGCUGCCGGGCAAAAUAGCCAGGGUCGAGCAGUGGCGUCACAAGACUUUGAUAGUUUCAACCCGAACCCAGAGCUGGCUUCAAGACACCAGUAUGAGCCAGCGUCGAGACAGGAUUCAGAUCUAAGACGACCAGAAGAGCUCUACUUUCAGGAAAAUCGCAGCAGAAGCAGGGAACGAAGGGAGCUACUCCCUGACGAUCGGCUCCAAGAGUACCACCAUCCUGUACAUGGAGAGCCCAGAAAGUCCAUCCGAAGCCAGUAUGACGAGGAUUUUGGGUGGCAGGAGAAGUUCAGGAUCCAACAUGCCAGUAAUCCAGAUGAGCCAGCAUGUUAUCCCGAAAGGUUUCAAGAACCCCGACACUCUCGUGACUACAGGCCGCCUGCUGCUGAGAUUUUAAACUCUCACUCUUCUGCGCCUUCCCGCCACUUUGACCGAGGACCCAGGAUGGACAGGGGUCCUCGGUACCAAAAUAACAUGGACAAAAUCACCUCCACCCUGCUGGAGCUAGUGGCAAGAAAAUAAACAAAACGUUUGCAUGGAUGUUGUUUUCUAAACUUACAAUGAUUUACCUUAGUUUGAAAACAGAAACAAGAUUUGAUUUUAAAGAAAAUGCUUCAAUACUUUUUUGUUGUUUUUCAUUUUCUGAGUACACAUGAAUAAUCAGGUCUUUAAAAAAGUCUGGUUAUUUAUGGUGGAAUAAAAUAUUUUACUCCUGCAA